AUGUACUUCCUGAGGAGACUGAUGUCAUUCAACAUUUUUAAUAAGCUGUUGGAGGUGUUCUACCAGUCUAUCCUCUUCUACACCGUGGUGUGCUGGGGGAGCAGCACGUCCAUGGGGGACACCUCCAGACUGGGCAAACUGGUGAGGCGAGCCCACUCUGUGAUUGGCAGGAAGCUGGUCCCUCUGGGGACGGUGGUAGAGACAAGGACACUUAACAGACUGCUGGACAUUAUCAACAAUGCUCUCUUCACCACUCAGAGGAGCCUGAUCAGUGGGAUGGCCUUCCCUCUCUGCGAGAAGUCAGUGUCAUUGUAUGAAUUCAAAGCCAAGAACAUCAAGAAGAAGAAGGUCAGCAUUGUGGUGUCUGUAGAUGGAGUCAAAGUAGCACUGAGGAAAAAACAGAAGAGAAAAGAGUGGACAUGGGAUGAGAGCAAGAUGUUGAUCAUGCAGGAUCCAAUAUACAGGAUUUUUUACGUAUCUCACGACUCCCAAGACUUGAAGAUCUUCAGCUACAUUGCAAGAGAUGGCUCCAGUAAUUCGUUCAGGUGUAACGUCUUCAAAUCUAAAAAGAAGACUCAGGCUAUGCGUAUUGUGCGAACAGUGGGUCAGGCAUUUGAGGUGUGCCAUAAGCUGAGUUUGCAGCAUGCUGAGAAGGACGCUGAUGGACAACCAGAUGGAGAGAGUGAUAAGUCAACGGAGGAGCCCAGCAGCUACGCUCAUAAACUCACAGGAAGUGAACAAGAUGAAGAAGAUGAAGGCCUACAUGACAGAGGGAGUGGAGCAGGAGGAGGAGAUUCUCUGGUUGGUGGUACACUGUGCGAGAAGACAGUCAGUGAGAUUCUGCAGAGCCUGACUGAACUGAACGUGGUGAAACCAGGCCUGACUAUCAUGGAUAUUGAUCAAAGGUCUGUCUACACUGUGACGUCCCAAGGCAUCACUGCAAACAGCCCACGCUCUCCGUCUCUUACUCCACUGGCUUCUCAGCACUACCUGCAGCUCCUCCAGCAGCAGCUGCAGCAGCAACAGCAGCACACGCAGGUGGCCGUCGCACAGGUUCAGCUGCUGAAGGACCAGAUAGCAGCAGAGACCGCAGCUCGCAUGGAGGCUCAGGCCCGCAUCCACCAGCUGCUGCUGCAAAACAGGGACCUGCUGCAACACCUGGCGCUGCUGGUGCAGCAGCUGAAAGAAAUGGAGGGCCAGUCCCAAAUAAAAACACAAGAAGGCCAGUCACAGCAGGACACUCAGGCUAACAGACUCGAUGCUCCACAGACGGCACCCAGUUCAAUCUUUACUUCAGAAAAAUCAUUAUCCUUAAAUCUGAAAAACCAGUACAAUCAGGCCUUGGACCAGCUCAUCACCUCCGCUCCUGCAUGGCCCCUCUACCCCAGCCAAGGGGAGUGUGCAGAGUCCUACCUGAACCUGCUGAACCUGGAGAACAACAGUAAACCAGCAGCCCCGCUAACUGAGCAGGACCCCUUCAUCAGAGCCAAUGGCACAGUGGAAAACAAGGAGGGCUCCAACAGCGAGGUCGUCCAGUUCUCAUCUAGAAACUCUGCAAACGUGGAUGAAAAGUACAAGCAGAUUAUACCUAAACUUGAUCCUCCUCCACCCUCUGCACACCGUAAGAGAUCCAGUAGGACAUUCUCUCCUGGGUCAGAGAUGGCAGCUGUGCCCACCACUGCAGCCCCGAGCAACAGCAGCAGCUUCUCCUUUCCGGACAUCACCCCCAGCUCCCUGUCGCCUGCUGAUUUCCACUCCCUCAGCAACGGUGACAGCAGCUCCUCCUCGUCUUCGGCGAGCGAGGACUCGGGCGUCCGCUCAGAGACCAAGUCCCUCUUGUCUCCCCUUCGCGAUGACUGUGACCUAUUCGCCGACCGCGGGACGUUUCUGACAGCGUCCAGUGGCUGCGGAAGUCCCCUGGAGGAGCAGGGGGAAGCAGUUGCCUCGUCCUCUGAGUCGUCGACAGAAACAAACACCAUGGCCUCGCGCUCUGACAGCUACGAUCAGCCGCUGUGCAUCUCCUCUCCCAUGAAUGACACCUGCCUUCACAUCAGCUUUUCUGAGGAUGAGCUCCCUGAGAUCAGCCAGGAGGACACCAGUAUGGCCCAGCGGAGUUAGGACGACUUUAUCCAGUUCUUUAAUCAACAUAUAAGAUGCAGGGCUUGCUUUUAGACACUACUCUCUGUGCACUGGGUGUCCAUUUCAGGUCCUUAAGUCUUUUAUUUCACCUGUAACACAGCCUACGUGUUGAUAAAAUGCCUGUUGUUGUAUCAGUAAUUAGCCAAUGAAUAGAUUUAGUAUUUUUGUAUUAGAGUGCAGAUCUAAUUUACUUUUUAGGGGCCUAGAAUGUUAAGCAGAGUACAUGUAGCAAUAUGUUGCACUGUUCAAGUCGUACUGAAUUCACUGUAUAAAUUUAAAACUAACAAAUGAAACACAUUUAUUUUUGCUAGCUGUAAACAUCAAGCUGUUAUUUUGUAUGAUGGUUCACUUCGGUGCAAACAACUGCGGAAGAAUAAUGUUUUUAAAAGUUCAAAAAGAAAUAAGACACAAGAGCAUAGAGAUGGAAAUGAUGUUGGGGAAAGCUUCAGCUCCUAAAAAAGCACCUGAUGGGAUGAUGGAUGGGAAGAAAGGUACAAGGAAGUCAGUGAAAUUGAAGAGCAGAGGUAGAAGUCAGUUAGUUGUUCUUGGGGAAUGGGUUAAUUAGGUUUGCAUUUUUUAUUUUUUGUCAGAAGUAAGUGGGAUAUGUGAAUGUCGAGUCUAGGCAAGGGCUGGUACGAAACUCCCGUUAGCCUUACGAAGAAUCUAUACCAUAUGUAGCAAUACGUCUUUAAAAAAACUCUAAAUUUUACUUUUUUGUUGACACUAAAAGCAAUAAUAUCACAAACAAUGUGUUUCAUUAACUCUUUUAAAGAAUCUAAAAAACCCGCAAAAUUGACAUUGUAUUUUGCACGGGAACAUUCUCAGUCAUCCAAGUCACAGUCAUUGCAAAAAAGGUUUCAGCUCUCCACAACCUUCAUUGCAGCGAUGGAUUUGAUUCCUUCCCGCUAUCAUUUCAAACCUCCCACCACCAUGCAGGGGACAAAAUAUCUCACCUGGGCAGCCAAGCAAACAAUUGUCCCUAACAGAUCCCCUUUUAGAGGCAUAGCCCAGUAUCGGGUAUUGCAGGCUAACAAACCCAAAAUGACUCCCCAUUCCUAAGGGGCGGAGCUUUUCUUCUAGUUCAAUUUGCAUGUUUUCUAAGGCAAAACAAGUUUCUGGGCUACUAUAUUAAGCUUUGAACACUAAUUCUGACAUUCUGAACUGAAAAAGGUUCCUGGAUGGGAAGCAAAACAUC